AUGUAUCUGAGCAUAGAAGAAGAUGUUGAAGAAAUUGAAAGAGCCGUUACCCCUCGAAAAACCAAGAUGGGAAAGCGAGACGAUCUUCAGGGCAUUAGGGGAUUUGCAAUCCUCUUCGUACUUCUGAUGCAUCUUAAGCCUGAUUCGUUUCGACUUGGUUUCAUCGGCGUAGACAUAUUCUUUGUGUUGUCCGGGUUCCUAAUCACCAAAAUCCUCCUUGGAAAAAAGUUGUCGUCAAAUUCAAUCGGCACUUUCUACCUACGAAGGUUCAAAAGGAUUGUACCGCUGUACAUGAUGUUAGCAACUGCUACGUACAUAUAUGGUAACUUUUACCUACUCCUUCCUGAUCGCGAGCAAAUUGUUGAUGAUCUUGCUUGGGUGUGCACGUACUCCUCCAACAUCCAACCAAUUUUUGAAAAGUUAGGCUACUGGGAUCAGAGGUUGCGAAGCGCGUUCGGACAAGUUGACUUCCACGAUCAAAGCAUGUUUGUAAAUCUGAAAGUCGCUGAGGAGAACGGUGCGCCAAAAGAUCUAUCUGAUUUGAAAGGCAACAUUUUGCUGAAACAAAUGUACAUGGAUCCUUACAGCAAACUUUGA